AUAAUGAAAGCACCGGAGUUUCCACCAGAGGCUGUGCGCGUCUGGGCAGCUGAGCACUUGUUCUGAGCGGGUCUGUCAGUGGAAACCAGAGCGCGCGCACCGGUCCCGCACAUGUGUCGGAUUCUCAGCCUUCCGUCCCGCUGCGCGUCAUUUCGGAUGUUGGAUGCGACUGUAAGAAUUCACGUGUGACGGACUAACAUGGACUCUCUGGGCAGCCGCUGUAAGAUCGUGGUGGUCGGGGACACGCAGUGUGGGAAAACGGCACUCCUGCACGUUUUUGCCAAGGACUGCUAUCCAGAGAGCUACGUUCCCACAGUGUUUGAAAACUACACAGCUAGUUUUGAGAUUGACAAGCACCGGAUUGAGCUGAAUAUGUGGGACACAUCAGGUUCCUCUUAUUACGACAACGUGAGGCCGCUGGCGUAUCCGGACUCAGAUGCUGUUCUCAUCUGCUUCGACAUCAGCCGGCCAGAGACCUUGGACAGCGUCAUUAAAAAGUGGCAAGGAGAGACGCAGGAGUUUUGUCCAAAUGCUAAAGUGGUGUUGGUGGGCUGCAAGAUGGACAUGAGGACGGACGUCAGAACCCUGAGGGAGCUCUCCAUGCAGAGACUAAUCCCUGUCACUCAUGAGCAGGGAAGCACAAUAGCCAGACAGGUGGGAGCAGUGGCCUACGUGGAGUGCACCUCGAAGGUUUCUGAGAACAGCGUUCGUGACGUGUUCCACAUCACCACCCUGGCGUCGGUGAGACGACCCCACAAGCCGCAGCUAAAACAGAGCAGCUCCCGCAGCGGUCUGAAGCAAGCGUCGCAGCUCCCGCUGCCGCCUCUGCCGGGUCGGACACAGCAAACGGACCAAGCCCCGGCCAUCAGGAAGGACCGGGCCAAGAGCUGUAUUCUCAUGUAGGGACCUGGCCUCAGAAAUAUGCAGUAAAUAUGUACAUACAUUACACAGAAAUAUAUAGAGAAAAGUUUAUUUAUUAUUAGAUAUUUCUUUUUUGUGCCUCUUCUUUUUUUAUCAUCAUUUUUUUGCACUGAGUGAGAACAGAGGAUUACUGUACCGUGGAAACAAACAAAAUAUUGUUUCGUCUUUGCUUUUUGCUGCAGUUGUGCAUAUUUUAUUCUCUGUUUACUUGUUUGUGUUGUUUUGAGAUGACUGCAAAUUGGACUAACCCUCUGGACAUGCAGAAGCUGCGAUAGUGGAAGUGCUGUCUAGUCCGGGGAAUUAAAAUGAAAUUAAUUUCCUGAAAGAGCACGGUGCAGUGGAGCGGCGAUGGAGAGCAGGCGUGUGGAGAGAGCCGUGCCGGAGCAGGAUGUCUGCAGAUGGAACUUGUUUUUAGAGAUGCUGUUGAUCAGCAGACGUGAGCGCGGCUUGUUCGGCUGCCUGACAUUCCUUCCUGUUGCCAUAUUUUAGAGGAAAACCCGCACCUGGAUUCAUGCUGGAAGGAGAACCCGUGAAUGAGGACGACUCAUUAGGAGCUGCAGUGAAGUGUUGCUAUGGCGUGUGUGAGCACCACCACAAGUGCAUUUUUUAAAAGCUAUAUUUCUUUUAUUUUUCUCAUUUAACACAAAUAAUCUCAUCUGCUUUGGUUGUGUCAGUUGAGCCGACUGAGAUGAAAUGCUGUUGUAAAUUUGUUUGUGGACAAAUAAACAUGGGUAAAAAAGUGGGGCUA